AUGGCACCAAACAGGAGCAGCGACCACCACGAGUCGGAGCUACAACAGUCCGGAGACACCAACAACGACGGCAGCCGACCCAUUUUUUCGCUCACAAUGGAUCCUAACGCUCUGGAACAAGAAAUCGAUCAAGCCGCCCAGGCCCUGCACUCGACCGUGAACUCGCUCCUCAACACGAUGCAGUCCUCUGUCUUUGGCGGUCUCGAGACGCUCUCGAGGGAGAUGUCGGCCUUUGAAAAGAACAGCAAGGAAUACUUUGAGCAGCACCCGCUCCAGGGCUAUCACCAGCAUUUCUCUCAGUUUCCCUGGAGUUUCAGAACGGACGGUCCCAAGAAGCGGUACAGGAUCACAAUUGAGGAGCUGCCCCCACUCGAGGACGAGAGCUCUUCUAAGAUCUUUAGCAAGUCCUCCGAUUCAGCUUCCUCCUCAACAACGACAACAACAAUUGUCAAGGGCAAGGACGAUGGAGACGACUUUACGAUUUCACAGGGCAAGGCUGGCACGCCGGACGAGGGCAAAACUGUGAUCACGGCCUCAGUCGCCCCAGGAUUGUUGGACUGGCUACUGUUUACGACCCAUGACGAUUCCUUCUUUAAACGGCUCGGAAAUUCCAAGACCGAGACCGACGCUAAAGCUACCGAGGGAGAACUCGACAUCGUGGGCGGCACCAAGAUUCGUGAGCUGACCGAGGCAGAGCAGGCCAGGGAAGGGGAGCAGGAGGCGGCGCGGAGAAAGAUUGUGCCAGCAUUGGUCGAGAAGAUCACCAACAUCACCUCUUUUCGGGCACUAGCCAAAAUGAGCAAGACCAAGAGAAGGAGCGGAACUCGAGACGAUGGCCCCGUGGCCGCAGCUGGGGACGCUCAGAGGCAAUCGUUCAGUCAGACAACUGUCACCCGUCCUGAUGGCACGGUCGAGCACCACUCUGUGAGCAACGUCAAUGGCGAGGUCGAGACGGUCAUCAAGAUCCACCACCCCGACGGCUCCAUUGAGGAGACGGUCACGCGAGAGAACCAUGGAGACGGUGGCCGAGGCUGGGGACGUCGUCUCCAACAUGAGACGAACGAGGAUCGCAACCGAGACUCGGUCGUAGCGGUGGUUUCAGAGGCAAUGGCCGCCGAACGGGAUGCAGCUGUACGCAACAAUGGACAACAGCAGCAGCACCCGGAGGGAUCAGAAAAAUCGAAGAGCUGGCCUCCUAAGACUUGGAUCCGUCGCCAGGACCGUAAUGACGAAUAA